AUGAGAAACCGGGCUACUAGAACACCUCCAAUCAAAUAUCAAACUGGGCAAUCACCAUUUCUCGACCACCACAUCAAGCUUCAACAAUCAAAUCUCCUUUGGAACGAACCAACGUUUCUAUCCCUUCCGCAUUGGGAAGAUCAAACGUUCAAUUUUGAAGGUGACUAGCCAACGUGAAUCGCCUAAAGAUGAUCCAACUGUCUUUCUUUCCAAGCACCGCAACGCAGCAAUGCUUGAUAGCACCAAAUUACCCACCUGGAUCAAAAGGGACCCAAUUCAAUAUGUGGAUUGAACAAAAAUGAUAUGCAGUUUUUGGUGUUGUAUACUUUUCUCUUGGUCUCAAUUCACCAUCUCAUGUUUGUUGAUUGAUGAGUUGUUGUGGUUUGUGUUGUGUAAAUUUUGUCUUAGUCUUAAAUUCUCACACUCGUUGCUCAUGUCUCCCUCUUUUUGUAUGAUUACUUCCUCUUACUUACUCUAACACUUUUUUUUAUUUCUAUCGAGCUGUUUUAUGUGUUUGGUUUUGAAAUCCAAAAGUUAUUGAUCUCUG